AUGGAAAAAGAAGAAGAAAGAAAAGAAUUGCUCGACGAUUGCUGGGAGAUGAUCUUUGGUCGUCUCCAGCAUAAAAGUGACAAAGAAUCAAUCACUUUAGUCUGCAAGAGAUUCCUGUCAAUCACCAAUUCCUUACGAGUUAGCAUAAAGCUCUCAGAUUAUACACCAAUCUCAAUCCUCCCUAGGCUGCUGCAACGAUUUUCAAACCUUAAGAAGAUACAGUUCUGUAACUUCAGAGGAGACCUGAAUGAAGCUGUUGUUGCAAUUGCACAGUCCGGGUUGGACUUGGAAGAGUUGUUUGCUUUGUCAAAUAAUCAAAGUCAACGACUAGUUUGGUUAGAGGAGUUGGGUUCAAACAUGAGCCCAAAAGUACUCAAGCAACCAACAGUUUGGUUAGAGGAGCUGGGUUCAAACAUGAAGAAUCUGAAAAUACUUAAGUUUACUGGUGGACAGGGAGAUGCUGAUCUUGUCAGAGUAGCAGACUCAUUUCCUAAGCUCGAAGAACUGUAUAUCGAGCAUGAAGGAUUAAAUGCUAUUUCUGUGACCGAUGAAGGGAUGGAUUAUAUGUCAUCCAAGCUCAAGAGAUUACGCAGGAUAGACCUUUCGAACAAAGCACAUAUUUCAGAUAAGUCCCUUUUUUCCCUGUCAAAAAACUGUCCAUUACUAGAGCAAAUUGAAAUUAAUGAUUGUAAUUCUGUGACAGAAGAAGGAAUUUCAUUCCUUGUUAACAACAGCCAUCAUUUGAACAUGUUAUACAUAUGUAAAUAUUUUAAGAUUGAUUCAUUUGGAGUUUAUAAAGGCUCUACUAAUAAUUUCCUAACAAACUUACAAUCUCUAAAGCUCCAAAAUGUAGACAUAUCGGAUGAGUUUCUCAUUUCCAUAACAGAAGCACGAAUUUAUCUUACUGAAUUGGAUCUAACAGACUGUGAAGGUUACACGUUUACUGGGAUCUCAAGGCUCCUACUGCACACUUCUCAAACUCUGAAAUCUUUAGAGUUGGGGGGGUUCAGGGAAUUAGAAUUCCUCAUAAAUGAGCACAUAGAGUACUUGUUGUCUUUUCUCCAAAACUUGACAUCAAUCACGCUCUUUAACUGUUCCAAGCUAUCUGAUUCAGCUUUUGUUAUAAUCACUCAAAAAUGCCCUCUUCUGUGCCAUUUUGCGAUGACUGGUUCAAGCCUGGGAAAUGAAGAAUAUGAUUAUGAUGGCCUAAUGAAGAAGAACCGUGCAAUAAAGUACUUGAACCUAUCAUCUCAUCACGACUUCAGCCCUACAGUUCUGAAAAGGCUUCUUAACAUGUGUCCUGAAGUGGAGAAGCUCAACCUAAGUCAUUGCUUAUUUCUACGCCAUAACUAA